CGAAUAAUUCCGACGGUUCCGAUUAAAACACGAUUUGCUCCUCGAAUUCUCGAUUUUCUAGCCGCAAUUUCUGGAUCGAGGAAUGGCUGCCGCAAGUGCACGACUUCUAUCGCGAGUUAAAGAUGGGUUCACGACAAGCGUCCGAUUUGCGAGCUACGAAUCGACACGGAAGAACCUGAAACUUAAUUCAAACUCGAAAGUUAUCUGCCAAGGUUUCACCGGCAAGCAGGGCACCUUCCACUCGCAGCAGGCCAUCGAAUAUGGCACCAAGCUGGUGGGAGGAGUGUCUCCCGGCAAGGGUGGCCGCACGCACUUGGACCAGCCCGUGUUCAACACCGUAGCCGAAGCGAAGAAAGCAACCGGAGCGGAAGCCACCGUUAUCUACGUGCCACCUCCGGGCGCAGCAAAAGCCAUCAUGGAGGCGAUCGAAGCGGAGAUGCCGCUGAUCGUCUGCAUUACCGAAGGUGUUCCGCAGCACGACAUGGUGAAGGUGAAGCAUGCCCUGCUGGCUCAGGAUAAGUCGCGACUCGUCGGGCCCAACUGUCCCGGAAUCAUUGCCCCCGAGCAAUGCAAAAUCGGUAUUAUGCCGGGACAUAUCCACAAACGUGGCAAGAUCGGCGUCGUAUCGCGUUCCGGAACGCUGACUUAUGAAGCUGUCCAUCAGACCACCGAAGUUGGACUGGGCCAGACGCUGUGCGUCGGAAUUGGCGGUGAUCCGUUCAACGGAACCGACUUCAUCGAUUGCUUGGAGGUAUUCUUGAAGGAUCCCGAUACGAAGGGCAUCAUUCUGAUUGGUGAGAUCGGUGGUGUCGCCGAGGAGAAUGCGGCCGAUUAUCUCAUGCAGUACAACCAGGGCAUCAAAGCAAAACCAGUGGUGUCGUUCAUUGCUGGACUGUCAGCUCCGCCUGGUCGUCGCAUGGGUCACGCUGGUGCCAUUAUCUCUGGUGGAAAGGGUGGUGCUCAGGACAAAAUCAACGCUCUCGAAAAGGCCGGUGUGAUUGUCACGAGAAGCCCAGCUCAAAUGGGCAAGGAACUGUUCAAAGAAAUGAAGAGAUUGGAAUUGGUUUAACUGAUUCCCCCAAACAGACCCGGCGCCAAAACCCAAGCACAUCUCACAGGCAUUGAAGUACUGCGCCAUGAACAAAACAGUAAAAAAAACGCGAGCGCUCGGGAUAAAUAGAUAGUUGUUUAACGAAGCCAAUCCUUUAAAAAAUGCCAUUGUUUUGCAUAUUGCACUCAACAAACACUUCCAUCGAUGUCUCAUAGUUGUGGGAAAAAACGCGGCUCAUAUCCGCAUGUCAUUUGGCGAAUCGGGUUUUACCACGAUUGGAAACGUUACCACCAUCAAAGGGAGGCAAAAUACUAGCCAAUUCAGUGACGGUACAGCGCAUAGAUACGAUCGCGUCUGAAACAAAAGUUGGAAGCAUUAAUAAUUUAUUUAUAUCCAAACCACAGCAACCGAGUGUGAUGUGUUUCCUUUUUCGAAAAAUUUUGUGUCCGGGUAUGGCAUACUUGCUUUGGUUCAACUUCUUUCGCUAAUUUCUACGCCGCUAGUGCGCAUAUGUAUGUAGUACCCAAUGCACCCAUGUACUUUAUCCGUGCGCUUUACGAGUAGCACAGCACCACCUGUCUCUGCACUGCCCACGAUCAACCGCGAUCAUUGGGUUUCCUGAAUGUUAGAAGCUUUUGUGGUUUGCACCAUAUUUUUACCAGAAACGUGUAUGCACUCAUUGUGGCGAUAUUCGCGAAAGACUAUUAGAUAACAUUAUCUCAUACAACAAAAAAUUACAGGACGAUAUAUAACACCUGAUCACCUGGUCAUGCUGUUAAGGUGCAAUCGAACAUGAAAUAAACGUUAAAGUACGGUGAUACGAUUAUUGUUAUUAACCAUUAAAAUCAGUGGUUUCGAAUAGUU